AUUACACCCAACCCUCCCGGGUAGCACGCCACUAUCGAUAGGAAAUUAUCUGCCCCGCCAACAAAAGUGACUCUUCGGCGACAACAGAUCGACACUUUGCGUCUGCAUGUGCAACAGAACCAGCAAUGCCGCGCAAGAAGGGGAGGGCAAAAGGCCAACCGGCCGGCGCCGAGAAAAAGGACAACAAAUACAAAGGCGCACACAGGAAACCAUUAGCAAACAGUCUAAAUACAACGUACACGCUCGCAGAAGAAGCCCGCAAUACGUCGCAUCACGGUACAGAAUUCUGGGGAAUUUCCACCAAACUGAGAAAUAAGCCUGUCGCGUUCCACAGCGCUGGAUAUGUCGAGCCUUCAAAGUGGACGGAGAAGGAGGCUGCUGGCAUCGAGAGCACAGACGACGAGUCAGACAACCAGACAAAACCGAAGGAACAAGACUCGGAAGAAUCAAGCAACAGCGAAACAAAGCAAGUCAAAGAAGCGCCAUUAUUCUUCUUUGACACAGAGAAAACCGGUACUGCAAAGGUCAAUGUCCCGUUGCCCGCUGGCCCAUUAGUUGUGGAACGACCAUCGGAGCCUGAAGACAGCUCCAGCGACGACGAUGUGAUUCUAUUCAAAGGUCGCAACAACAGAAACACUAGCACUGAAAACACCUCGAUAAGAAACACGCCAGUGGAAUUAUCCGCGCAGGCUACGGAAGUCGACGAAGAGGACAGCGAUGUGGACGAAGAGAACCAAGGCAUGCUGGUGACCAAACCACGCACUCGCGGCCGUCGCGGCGGCAUCAGAACCACCAAAUACAGAAACACACAGCAAGAUGACGACGACAUGCUUUCAGACUACAUCAAAAACAUGGAAGAAAAUGGACAGUUGCAAGAACUCAAGGACUACAUUGGCCAGAUGGUGGUAACCGACAACGUCCCCAGCGACAUGUCAAGCGACGACGAGAAUAUCCAAAGGACGGAGGCCGAUGUUUCAUCCGACACUGAGGCAGAGCAUACCCCGUCUGACGACUCUGAUAUGGAGAUUAGCGAGCCCGAUAGCAACGGCAACAAUGAUCUUAGAGCGCUCAUCAAGGCUAAGUUCCUGGAUCCCAAUGAAUCUGCAUUUGACCACAUGGACUGGGAAAUGCCCGUGCCAAACCGCCGACGCAAGAAGAACGCCAAAGACAAGCUGCUGACCGGGUUGGAUGACAUUGACUCGGACAUGGAGAGGCAGAUCCAGAGCGCAUGGAAGAAUGACCGCAUGAAGAAGGCGAAUCGUAAGAAGCAGCGCCAGGAGCUGCGUGAGCUUGGGCUGCUAGGCAAGAAUGCCAACCCCGACGAUGUCCGUCUCAAGUAUCCCAACGGGAUGAAUAUCGACCAGGUGCUGGAUGAGCUGCGAGUAUUCUUAACAAGCCAAGCAGACAUGCUGAGUCUACCGCCGAUGGACAAGCACUCGCGCAAGCUGAUCCACCAGCUAGCCAACAAGUUCAACGUCAAGUCCAAGAGCAUGGGCAACGGAGAGCAGCGACGCCCCGCGCUGUACCGCACCAAGCGCACGCUGGCAUUCUCGGAGCGCAUCUUCAACCAGGCAGCGUCGCGCAUCAGCAGACAGCACUUCCCGCGCCUAGACAAGGGCCCAGGGUUCCUCAAGAGCGCGAAGCCGUCGAGCUUUGCCGAGACGAGUUACCGCGACGGCGACAUUGUGGGCGCGUCUGCACCAGAGCUUGGUACGGGUAAUCGCGGGCGAGCGAUGCUGGAGAAGUUGGGCUGGAGCCGGGGUACGGCAUUGGGUACGGAGGAGAACCAGGGUAUUCUGCAGCCGGUGCUGCAGACGAUGAAGCGGUCCAAGGCGGGGUUGGGCUAAGGAUGGUUGGUGGUUGUUUACUGUUUAUGGCUGUACAUUUCUCUAUAAAAAGCGAUUCCAAGCAUAUUUUUAGCAAACAAGUCCACAUACGCGACUGGGUCAUGUUCUAUCAAGUUUUCAAGUUGCAAGAUGACAAAAAUGUAAAUAGCUUAAUACGCGAUGCCAAAUGCAAUAUCAAACGAGCGAAGUUGUCAAAUCAAAAGAUCAAAACAUAACCAAGAGUUUCGUGAUCCAAAAGCCACGAUUUUUGAAAAAGGUGUACGAUUUUUAAACAGACACAUCUCACAUGAGCAAAAGAAACAAAUUGUAAGGAGCUAGAAGCAUGUGCACGAAUUCAUUGCCUCGAGACCCUAUUCUCGAUGUUUAUUGUACAACCGCGAAACCCCGUUGACCGUGAAGACAUUGCCCCCAAAUAAGCAAACCAUCCGUAACGCAUUAAGAAACCCCAAAAGGCAAGGCUGUUUUCAAGCCCGCAGGAUCUCAAUCAUGAUACCCUGAUGCCGCGCAAAUAACGAUUGAAAAAUGACACCAUAAAACAAACAAAGCAAGACGUCAAGUAACUUAUUUCGUGGAGGAAAUGUACUUGGUGACGGCCUUGGUGCCCUCAGAGACGGCGUGCUUGGCAAGUUCACCGGGGAGGAUCAGGCGAACAGCCGUUUGGAUUUCGCGGGAAGAGAUGGUGGACUUGUGGUUGUAAGAGGCCAGCUUGGAGGCAUCUGUGGCAACGCGCUCGAAGAUGUCUUUGUAUCCCAGUUAGUACAUGAAAGCUGCAAAAGAGCGCGAUUGCGUGCAAACAUACCGUUGACGAAAGAGUUGAGGAUAGACAUGGCGCUCUUGGUGAUACCAGUGUCAGGGUGAACCUGCUUGAGGACCUUGUAGAUGUAAGAGCUGUAGGUCUCACGGCGAGUGUUGGAGCGCUUCUUCUUGCCACCGGCAGCGGCGGUCUUCUUGCCAGCGUCCUUCUUCUCGGGAGCCUUGGAGGCGGUAGCAGGGGCCUUGGAGGCGGGCUUCUUGUCAGCAGCCUUGGGAGCCAUUAUUUCUGAUUUGUUUAGAAAAAGUGGUGAAUUAAAAAAAAGAGGAAAGGUUUGCGGAAGAAGAAAACAAGUUUCGUUGAGCGUGGGUGUUGGACGAGAGAAUAGGAAGGCGGCGGGUUUG